UCCCGCGGCAAUUUCGAUGUUUCGAGGGAGACCAUCGCAAAGCGUUUACUCAGCUCGAGACCGCUUCUCCAACCCACAAGAAACAGUGAGUCGCCCUCAAAACCACCAGCACAGCACGCCAGGAGAGAGCGGGAGGCAGGAGGGAAGAAAGGGGACGGGAGUCGUGGCCAAUUCGCGUGAUUGAUCAGCAGGGUGGAGGCGUGCUGGGCUCUCGAAACUAUAUAAAGCGACGCCGCCGCAAUCCUCUUACUAACGCAUCUCGUCCUAGUCAAUCAAAAUGGGUCGCCGUCCCGCUCGUUGCUACCGUUACUGCAAGAACAAGCCUUACCCCAAGUCGAGGUACAACCGUGGUGUUCCCGACCCCAAGAUCAGGAUCUUCGAUCUCGGUCGAAAGAAGGCUUCCGUCGACGACUUCCCCUUCUGUUGCCACCUUGUCUCCGACGAGUACGAGCAGCUCUCUUCUGAGGCUCUCGAAGCUGCCCGAAUCUGUGCCAACAAGUACAUUGUCAAGACCGCCGGUAAGGAGGCCUUCCACAUGCGUGUGAGGGUCCACCCCUUCCACGUCGUCAGGAUCAACAAGAUGUUGUCCUGUGCCGGUGCCGAUAGGUUGCAGCAGGGUAUGCGAGGUGCCUGGGGUAAGCCUUACGGUUCCGUCGCCCGAGUCAACAUUGGUCAGGUCAUCAUGUCCAUCCGAUGCAAGGACUCCAACAGGGCCGUCAUCAUGGAGGCUCUCCGACGAGCUCGAUACAAGUUCCCCGGACGACAAAAGAUCAUUGUCUCCAAGAAGUGGGGUUUCACUCCCCUCGCCCGAGCCGACUACGAGGCCCUCAAGGCCAACAAGCAGGUCAUCAACGACGGUGCUUACGUCCAGUUCCUCAAGCCCAAGGGUGCUCUUCUCCAGAACCUCAGGACUGCCGAGCGUGCUUAAGCGUUUGUCGGUUUUUUGUAGGCCAGUUCUCAGGCGCGGGAUGUAUCGUCUUUGAGCACUUCAGAUUGUCCAGCAGAGUCGAGCUAUCUGCCUUUGACUGAUGUGAGGUGCAGUGACAACGUUCAUACAAGCAACGAAGUGA